GAGAUGAAGCAGAUGUGAAAUCAACAAGACCCCUGCAACUUCUUCCUGUAAAGUGAAAUGUGUAACUCUUUAUCUGCAGACUGAUAGUGCAGUCAGUAGCUUCAUUUUCUUGUAAACAGGCAGGAAGCUGUAACAAUAGUAUGCAAGAAUGUAAGGGGCUUAUCAUUUUAGCAGCUACAACACUGACUUUAAGUAAAAGAUUUGGAGAGAGCGUGGAGGUGAGACAGCAUACACAAGAGGAACUAUGAAUCAACUCGCACUUACUUUCAAAAGGGGUACAGCAUUUAGGAUCCUAAUUCAAGUCCUGAUUGGUGUCCAAGCUCCCUGUUUCAUUCUGGCUGAUCAAGAUACGAUUUUCCCUACAUUAGGAUUGCCAGCAAUUAGAGACAAUAGCACAGUAAUCACCAAUAGACUCUUUGAAUUACUGUUUUCUGGAAUGCCUACUCAUAACUCUAUGAAGUCUACAGAGGCAUCAGACAGGGAGACAAGUGUCACUGAAGUCACACAACUGAGAACAUCUGAGAAGGAGACAUUAAAGCCUUUCAUAAUGCAGGCACUAAAGAGGAAGGUCAAGGAGGGUGAGAAGGCAAUUCUUUCAUGUCAGUUUUCUCAUCCUACUUUUCUAGGCCUUAAGGGUAUAAAGGUCAAAUGGUACAAGGAAGAUGGAGAAGGCUGUUCUGAUGUGGCUGAGAAAAACUUAUUAGAUGAUAUGAUGGACAAGGAGAUAACAUGGAAAGGGUAUUUCAUUGAGAGAACCUUCAUCAGUAGUAACUGGUCUACUGGAGAUUUGUCCUUGACUAUCACAAAUGUGACAGUUGGAGAUCAUGGAAUAUAUUUCUGCCAGGUGACUCUACCAAAUGGAAGGAAAAUAACAGGGAAAGGCACAAAAGUCAGGAUCCAGAGAAGAAUCAGUAAGUCUGUUAUGGUUUCAUUUCCUUUUUUGGUUUAAUUUCCAUUGUGACAA